UUAUGCACAAGCAAAGGGGUCCAGUUGUUUACGUCUUGGAUCUUGCAGACAGACUGAUCUCAAAAGCCUGUCCAUUUGCUGCAGCGGGAAUAAUGGUUGGCUCUAUCUAUUGGACAGCUGUGACUUACGGAGCAGUGACAGUGAUGCAGGUUGUAGGCCAUAAAGAAGGUCUGGAUGUUAUGGAGAGAGCAGAUCCAUUAUUUCUUUUAAUUGGACUUCCUACUAUUCCUGUCAUGCUGAUAUUAGGCAAGAUGAUUCGCUGGGAAGACUAUGUGCUUCGACUAUGGCGCAAAUACUCGAAUAAACUACAAAUUUUGAAUAGUAUAUUUCCAGGGAUCGGUUGUCCUGUUCCUCGAAUUCCAGCUGAGGCUAAUCCUUUAGCAGAUCAUGUCUCUGCUACCCGAAUUUUGUGCGGGGCACUUGUCUUUCCUACUAUUGCAACAAUAGUUGGUAAAUUGAUCUUCAGUAGUGUUAACUCUAAUUUACAAAGGACAAUCUUGGGUGGAAUUGCUUUUGUUGCCAUAAAAGGAGCAUUUAAGGUUUACUUCAAACAGCAGCAAUAUUUACGUCAGGCACAUCGCAAAAUCUUAAAUUAUCCAGAACAAGAAGAAGCCUAAAACUGUGACUUCUGGUUGUUCUACAGUCCUCUCAUCCUUAUGAAUCUGUUGUAUUGUUUUGAUUCCAUCAUGAAUGCACUUGUGGAGACUUGUGACAAGCUGCUGCUCCUAUACUUUUAAAGAAAUAAUAAGGCACUUAGGGCAGGGGAAAUUGUCUUGGUAAUCACGGAACCUAAGGAUGUGAUUUGUUUCAUUGUUUGGUAUGUAUUUCUUUUGUGGCAGUCAUCUGAACCAUUAUCUUAGCAUGGGAUUUGUUGAUAUUUUCUUCAGACAGAAAUGUAAAGAUCAAGCUGUGCAAUUAUUAAAAAAUGCACAUACCAUUUUCUUCAAAUGCCUCUUUUGUACAUGUUCAUGUUUAGUGUUUUCUUAGUCAGCAAUUCAAUGAAGGUACUAUGAGGAUUUUUCUCACUGGCAUAAUUUGAUUACAUACUAAAUGGAAGCAUAUGUUAAUAUGAGGAAAUAAUAAAUUAAAUGAGUUAUAAACCAAUAACAAACCAAAAAUGUAUGUAAACAUCUGAAUGAUCCUCUGAACAAAUGAGAUUUUGUUGUGUUUUUCUUAACCCAUGUGAUGUCCUCCAAAAUGUGUAGGGUAAAAAUUUAUAGGGCUUCCAGAUCACUUUUUCAAUAUUAAAUUUUAUGUAUAUAAUGUUGACAUCUCAUAGUUCAUAAUGUAAUUUUGACUUAUGCAGUCUUGAUUUGUGUGUGUGUGUGUGUGUGUGUAUGUGUCUGUCUGUCCAUCUCAGUGUCUCAUCAGGUCCUACCAUCUCUAGAGUAAGUGUUUUAAAUCCAUAUUUCUAGAUUUUUUUUUUUUAAUAAUCAGCGCCCAUAUUUGUAGCAGUUGAUGACCAUUCUAGUCAAGGCACAGCAAAGUGUUGACAGACAGAGGAUGCCUCUGAACCAUGCAGCCCAGGCAGUCAGGUCUCUGAUCCAUCUGAAGGGAUUGAAAAGACGAAGGAAGACUGAGAUGCCAUAAUGCAUUGCUGAGGUGAAUUGUUUGAUCGGAUGAUGUGUGGAACUCUCCGGAGAAGUCAGGUUUUGGACUAAAGGCAUAGUAGGCAGGAUCAACCAUAUGUGAACUCACAACUGAAUCAUGGUGAAUGUCUGAGAGUUCAAAGGGAGAAUAAACUGGUGCUUGACCGUGCGAUGGUGUUACAUAGGGUGCAGGCCAGACUCUGUCGUGCCUCAGAUGAGACUUCCAUUACUUAUUUGGUGUGAUAUAUAUCUGCCUGGACCCACCUUAGGAGACCCAAUAUGAAGAAUUGUGUUCCAAGGGUUUAGAUACGACUGUGCUUCCACGGCGGUUGACAGACAAAUAGGCCUACUCAGUUGUCAUGUUCAUGGUUUGAUGCUCCUUGAUUACAUAAGGCCACAUGGUGGCUAUUGUGCCCAUAAUGAUCCCAGUGAUUGUGUUACCGUGGAGCCACCAUUGUGGAGUGUGUGACCCAUAACAAGCUGAGAGGCUAAUGCACGUAACUCAAAUCUUGGUCAAAUGAUAGGAUGUGUAUCUACUGAAAAAAAUUUCACAUUAAGUCUGUGGUAUAUCUUUGUUCAACUGAUUGUCUUCACCUAAGAGGUGGGGCCGCAGCACCCAGAUAGUUCACCAUCUACUAUUGUCCCAUUCCCUAGUGAGACUUCCUUGUGUAGAUCAUGAAACAUCAGUCUUGUAUCAUUGAUUAUGGUAGUAAAGGGUGAAUAUAGGUAUGAUUAUUGAAUAUCGUUAUCUUACUAUGCAUAGGUGUAAAUGGCAAGGUUUGAUUGGCAUACAAUGUUGAACAAUCUUCAGAGGAACUGUAGAUGUGACCUGAUGAAAGAGCUACUACUGUGACAUCCCUCCAUCUUGACAUUAUACUUACACCACCAGAAAUCACACUUGGAGGGAUCCUCAGGAAUGUUGCUUACAAACCUGCAUCCUUCUCAGUGGAGAGACCUCUUUGUAUACUCACUGGAUGAAUGUACUCUCCCCAAAAAAGAAGUCUCACAUCCAUCAAUAUAGCAGUACUCCAGGCAGGCUUCUAAUUUUAUCAAAGAGUAGUAAGCUAAGGUUAUGUUGCAUCUACUCAACUCAAGGGUUCUUCACAAGGUACAGUCCUAUUCAGGCUCCUGUGUCGUGACUAGUAAGGCACUUGAAAGCGCUUGUAGUAAUAUUGCACUCGCCCGUCAUCCCACCUAUCUUCUGACUGUCAUGAUUGUGAGGAGCAGCAGUGGCCUGGACUGCAGGUGGUGGUGCUGUUCCCUCAGGGAUCAGAUCAAGCCUUCCAUGUUGUGUGCCUUGAAUAGAUCCAGAAUGUGUCAAAGAGAUAGCAGUUUUAAUUUUUGUUAGCCCUCCCUCUGUUUCUUUGAUCUUUAUGCCUAGAGUGUGAGCAGGGUCAUUCACACACACCUGUAUAAUGCCUAACCUGCUUGAUAGGUAGUCUUUAAGCUCUUGGGUAUCAUCUGAAACAUCACCUUCCUUGCUAUUAUGUUCCUCACUCAGUGGAUGUGGUCUUGGCCUCUUCUUGAUGUUCGAUACUAGGCCGUUCAAGGAUUUUGGAGUCUCUCCCUCCACACAGCUCUUCAGGGUCUUGGCUGGCAUCUCCAGCAGCAGAGCUGGGCCCCCUGGGUACCACUGGUCUCUCAGUUGCACAUUUGGGGUCUGUUGGUUGACCUUUGACACAAGACCUGAGCUCCUGAGGAGUUCUGCGAGGCUAUGACAUCUUUGUCAUGCUCCAUGUGCCGAGUGGAAGAUGUUCCUAUUUCUAGAAAUUAGACCUGCCAGUUAAUAGUGGUUUGAACAGAGAACAAUUUGCAAAAGAAAAAAAAAAAUCGAUAAAGUUAGUUCACUCUCCUCUUUCACUGAUUCAGUUAUUCAGACAUCUGCCGAUCACCUCUCCUCACCCAGGCACUAUGCAGAGUGCCAUGGGAUAUAGUGAGCCAGACAGACUUGGUCCCAGCUCUUACAGAGUUUGCAGUCUAGUUUCAGCAGAAAACCAGCAGUAAAUAAAUCAAGGUGAGGCCUUGAGCUCUCUGUUUUUAUAUCAGUCCAUGAGGAGAAAAUUAUGAAAACAAGAUGUCUUGAGUAAAUAUUAAAUACUGGGAUCAUUGUUUUUUGGCUUAUCAGUUUAUUAUAGAAAACUCAUCGUAAUGUUUUUAGGUUUUUAAUUGUCGUAUUGAUGAAUCUAGCACCUUAAUAAUCACUGUUUAACUAGUUUUGUGUUCAUUUUUCUAAAGCAAUUAUUUAUUUUAAGCCAUUUUCAACAGAGUGGCCAUUUUAAUGUUGCUCAGCAAUCUAAAUGGUCUUGCAGUUCUUUUCAUUAAUUGAAUUUAAAUAUUAAAAAGAUAUUUCCAAAACCCUGUUUAUUUUCUUGUUCACAGUAUCUAAUGCAUGACAAUAGUAAAUGUUUCCCCUUAUUGAUAAGUGGCCACUUUAGGAGUGUAGCAAAUAUAGAUUGAGCUAUGUUAGAUUGCAAUAAUGUAUGUUAACUUUAGUAAUUAACGACUGGUACCCUUCCAUAGUAUGCAUGUCUUAAUUUUGAGUUAUAACAUCACAUUUAUGUGAAUGGCUGUUGAACAUGUAAAGUUCCUUUUUUGAGGAGGAAGAGAAGGUCUGACUGACAGUGAGCCUUAUUAAGAACACUGCUACAGUUCUGAAGGGGAAAUAGCAAACUAUGAUUAUAUAUAAAGAUAACUUAGAUUAUAUAGUUAUAGCUAUAAAAUGUAUUGACUUUUCUUAAAUUUUCAGUGUGAAGAGAUAUAUUCAGUAGACAUUUCCCGCAUCAUUUUGUUAAUAUCGAACAGCUUGUAGGCAGCCUUUGCUAAAGUUAAUGCAAGCACACAGUUCCCUGUUUGCUACUUCAAUGCCCGAGACGUGGAGUGGCUGCUUGAGUUGAUGGGCGUCAAGGAUCCAGGGACCGUGGAACAACUGUAACCCUUUGGGGGCAGGAGGGAGGGGCUUCUAGGGCUGUGAGGAGGGAACUGCAAGUGCCUGGGACCAGAGUGGCCUCUAGCCCUGGAAUUGAACACUUGUAAAUCUGAAGAGCCUUGGCUCAAGAAAUACCAUGUGCCAGGCUUUCCAGGAAGGUGGCCUGCCCGACCGUGACGCAACAGAAGAGCAUGGGCAGGCUUACAGGUGGAUGGACCUGAGUUCAAGUCGUCACUCAGCUUUUCAUAAUUGUGUAGAGUGACCUUCACCAAGCAAUUUAACUUCCUCUCAGCCACAGUUUUCUUCAUCUCUGAAAUGUGGCCUGGAAGACUAUUUCUGGGAUUAAAUGAGGAUUUAAAGGAACAGAAGUGCUUUAGGCUCAGGAUGGACCCUACAGAGCAGUGGUGGUUUCUUAAUUGCUAAAUAGUCUGUUUACACUCUAGGAAAAGUGAAUGAAGAGGUAAAAGGAAGGACAUUAGGGGACAAAUUAAAGAGAUGAUGUUGACUGUUGGGAUGGGUGGAUAUAUUUUGUGUUUUCCGAUUUUAUUUUCUUAUUACUUUACUGUGUUAUUUCUAGAAUCUUUAAUGUUUUAAACCUCUUUUAUAAAAUUCAAUGAUAACCAAUAGAAUUCCAUUCUUUGCAGAAGUUAACUUAUCUCCAUGAAAAGUGGCUGAAAAUAUUGUUUAUCAUUACAUAAUUAUCAAAUGACUGUGAAGAAUAUAAAAUUUGAACUUAGUGACUUAACUGGUCACUGCCUUGCUAACUCUGCUGUAAUUUUUUUAAACGUCUUGUUUUUAAUAUAGCAGACUAUCUCAAUACCGGCUGGAUUAGGUUGAAUAAAGAAUUUUUAUGUUCA